AUCCAUCCAACUCUUCAUAACAGGCGACCUGAGAGCAGAGCAGACAGAGAGCGUUCUGGCAGCCGUUGCGGAGCUUGAACCUCUGCAACCACCAACAGCUAAACUAAAAGCAGCGGCGGACGGCGCGCGGUACUGGACGACCGGCCGACGAUGGCUACGCCGGCGCAGCAGCAGGGUGACCAGCACCAGCCGAGGCUGCAGAAGGUGAUGGUGGCUGUAGACGAGAGCGAGUGCAGCCGGCACGCGCUGGAGUGGGCGCUGCGGAACCUGGCGCCCACGCUGGCCCCACCGCUACUGGUGCUCACCGUGCAGCCGCACUUCCCGCUCGGAUACGUCUCCGCCGCGUCCUUCGGCGCACCCCUGGGCACCGUCCCUCCGGUGGCUCCGGAGCUCAUCAGGUCGAUGCAGGAGCAGCAGAGGGAGCUCACGCAGGAGCUCCUCGACAAGGCCAGGGCCAUCUGCGCCGAGCACGGGGUUGCUGUAGAGGCAAUUGUCGAGGUCGGAGAUGCAAAGGAGGUGAUAUGUGAAGUGGCUGAGAAGAAAAAUGUCGAUCUGCUGGUUCUUGGAAGCCACAGUCGUGGGCCAAUACAGAGGUUGUUCCUUGGGAGCGUCAGUAACUACUGUGUACAUCAUUCUAAGUGUCCAGUUCUUGUGGUGAAGAACCAAGGCUGAUGAAGGAUUCAACUCCCAGCUGCUAGUCCUAAUCAUGUUCGGGUAUUUGUCAACGUAUUUGUAAUGUGUAGUACUUGCUUUAGCCAAACGCAUUGGCGAAUAAAGUAGCUUGCUUUGCUUCUUGGAAGGGCCGAGGCUGGACUGGAGGAGAGUUCUUUUUCUUUUUCUUUUUUCUGGUCAGUGUGCCUUUGCUCCGGAAUGGCAGAGUUGUAAAUAAGAACUACGAACUUUGUGCGUAUUUAUGGUUGUUGUAUUU